AUCUUCCUCCAACUCACUGCAUCUUCACAACCCAUUAGUGGCAUAGCAUUCUCCAUCUCCCUACUGAAUAAAAAAAGAAAAGAAAAUUCUCCAGGCAUACAAUAAGUCUACCCCCUCAACAAAUACUUCCUCUUGAGCUCAAACUUCACACACUUGAGGUGGGGAGAAGAAGGGGUUGUUUGAUGGGGUGGUUUUCAUGGAUGGAAAGCUCACUGCCCUUCAUGGGUAUGGUGUUGGCAGUCACUGCAUUAGCCACCAACAUGAUCAUUAGCAAAAUGGCUAUGAAUAAUGGCACCAGCUUCUUCAUUUUGUCUGUCUAUUCCAAUGCUUUGGCCACUCUUAUUCUUUUUCCUUGUGGCUUCCUCUUCCACAGGUCAAAGCGCCCUCCACUCACCUUCCCAAUACUCUGCAGGAUCUUCUUGCUUGCUUGCUUUGGUUGUUUAGCAGAUAUCGGCAGCUAUGCUGGCAUAAAUAACAGCUCCCCAACACUUGGAACAGAGUUGCUGAAUCUUGUCCCAGGCUUUACUUACAUACUUGCCAUCAUUUUCAGGAUGGAAGGGUUAAAUUUGAGAAGAACGAGCGACCUAUCAAAAUCAUUGGGAACUCUGGUCUCCAUUGCUGGGGCAUCUAUUGUGACUCUCUACAAGGGACCAGCAAUCAUGAAUAAGACACUAACUUUAGGUUCUUCCGCGCUCUUUACGCCAUCACAGCAAAAUUGGGUCCUUGGAGGAAUGCUGCUCGCUAUUGCUGCUUUCUCAACUGCAGCAUGGUCUAUAGUUCAGACUUGGAUUCUUAAGAUAUACCCAGCGGAGAUGAUCAUAGUGGCUGUUUAUUGCCUGUUUGUGACUGCACAAUCUACACUGGUUGCCCUGAUUUCAGAAAAAGAUGUAACAGCUUGGAAACUUCAAGCAGACAUGGGUUUGGUUGCUGUAGUUUAUGCGGGAAUCAUCAACAUAACAUUUCGACUCUACAUGAUGUCAUGGUGCCUCUCAAGGACCGGCCCACUUUUCGUUUCUCUAUUCAAUCCUUUGACGAUUGUUAUUUCUGUUGUCAUUGGCGUCGUCUUUUUUCAUGAAGUGCUCUAUUUUGGAAGUGUGGCUGGUGCACUUAUACUGGUUUGUGGGUUCUAUGCUGUUAUUUGGGGGAAGGGAAAGGGGGGAAGGCAAAGGAAAGCAAGACGAACAUGUCUGCUGAAGCCUCUAACGUAGAAUCAACAAGCCAUGAGGUUCCUUUAUUGCAAGACAAUGUGUAAGAAGCCUAAGACUUCUUCAGGAGUUCAUACUACACACAAUGCUUUGUAUACCAAAUAUUGAACUAUUGUUAUGCACCUUUUAUUUUUAGAAAAUUAAAUAUAUAUCAACUGUUCAUUAUAUUGUUCAUGACAUCUUAGUCUAUUAGUUAAGCUUGAGAUUCCAUAAAUCAGUUCGGUCUAUUCGUGUGUGUAUUUGUUUCACUUUAAAUGAGUUUAUUAUAAUUUAGUU